GUUGGUGAGCCUCGAGAGCCGUCAGAGCCAGAGACUGGGUAAAAUAGGGAGAAAUGGCGACAGAGCCAGGCUGUGGGUGAGUGAUUUCGGAAGAGGUGGGGAGGUAUGGCAGGUGACAACUGUUGUCAGCCCCGACACAACUCCCACGGGCGUGGGAGGUUGACUUCUGGCUCCAGCCGCCGCACCCAGUCAUCGGCAUCCUCCGGUUCGGGCUAGAGGUGAGAGGCCCCUCUUUGGCGGAACAAGAUCUGGAGAAUACAGUCCAGCCUCAAGCCUUAACUCAGCUGGCGCUUGAGAGACUCAGAGCCUCCUGUCCAGCAGCCUGGCAGAGAAGUAUUUUGACCGUGGCAUCUAGACCUCUCCCUUCUCCCCCAUGGCCCUGACGAUGCUGAACGAGCUCCUCGAGGAGGACCCAAGCCCGCCUGUGCUUCUGUACCAGGUUAGCAAGACUGCCAAGUUAGAUACCCUUAACUAUCAGAGCCGCUUUAUGCAGAGUGUCUUCGCCCAUUUCCCUGAGAUCUUAUUUAUCCACCGGACCUAUAACCCGACGGGCAAGGUUUUAUACACCUUCCUGGUGGAUGGUCCUCGGGUGCAGCUGGAGGCCCACCUUGCCCGGGCGGUCUACUUUGCCAUUCCUGCCAAGGAGGAUGCUGAAGGCCUGGCCCAGAUGUUCCAGGUGUUCAAGAAGUUUAACCCAGCCUGGGAGAGAAUCUGUACUAUCCUAGCGGACCCCUGCUUCCUCCCUAUGCCCACCCUAGCCAUGGAGUUCCCCGCAGCGGAGGUCCUGCCGUCGGCCUUCCACAUCUGCAAGUUCCUCCAGGGUAAGUUCUAUCAGCUUUCCCUGGAGCAGCCCGUGGAGCAGGUGCUCCUGACCUCCCUGCGGAGCACAAUGUGCUCGGCCACCGCCAGCAACCUGAGGAAGCUGUACGCGCUCCUGAUCAACUACAUCCCCCCAGACCAGCUGCCCAAGCUCCACUCGUACUGGCUGCUCAAUGACCGCAUCUGGCUGGCCCACCGCUGGAGGAGCCGAGCUGAGAGAAGCCGCUACUUCCAGGGCCUGGAGAUCACCACACGCAUUCUCAGCCAGUUCUUCGGGACCACCCCGUCUGUGGAACAGGGCAUGACCUCCCUGCUCCGGUAUAUGCAGCAGAAUUCCGGAGACAAGGCAGGCUUCAGCCUGGGCCUGAGUCCCCAGGACAAUUGUUCCGCCUCAAACAUCAUCAGCCCCCAGAUCCCCAAAGUGGAGCAGCUGGUGGAAGCCUGCAUCCAGCACUCGCUCAGUACCAUCUGCACGGCACCAGCGGCGCAGCUGUGCCUGGGUGAGCUUGCCGUGGUCCAAAAAUCUGUGCACCUCAUUGGCUCUGGCUCAGAAAAGGUGAACAUACAGAUCCUGGAAGACACCCACAGGGUGCAGCCCCAGCCCCCUGCCAGCUGCAGCUGCUACUUCAACCAGGCCUUCCACCUGCCCUGCCGCCACAUCCUAGCCAUGCUCAGCGCCCGCUGCCAGGUGCUCCAGCCCAACAUGCUGCCACCUCAGUGGACAGCCGGCCGUGCCGCCAAGCUAAAUGACAUCCUGGGCAGCAAGUGGAGUGAGACCCUGGAUAAGCACUUGGCCGUGGCUCUCCUCACUGAGGAGGUGGGUCAGCUCCUGCAGCACUGCAGCCAGGAGGAGUUCGAACGGCGGUACAGUACCCUGAGGGAACUGGCCGACAGCUGGAUCGGCCCUUAUGAGCAGGUCCAACUGUGAUUACCCUCAGGGCUGAGAUGCUCAUACAUAGGUACACGCAUCCUCCCCUACACACACACACACACACACACACACACAUACACACAUACACACAGUUACACUUCCAAGGACCCUUCCUCCAGGAAAGGACAAGCGUCUUCUAAUCUGCCACAGCUGGGUACCUACCAUAUGUCUGGCUCCCUAAUCCAGGAGUCAGCAAACCUGUUCUGUAAAGGACCUGACAGUAAAUUAGUUUAGGCUUUGCUAGUCAUGUGCAGGAUGUUACAUAUUCUUGGUUUUGGGUCUGUUUUUUUUUUCACAGUCUUUCCAAAAAGUACAAACCAUUCUUAGUUCAAGGGCCUUACAAAAACAGGUGACCCGUGGCCUGAGAGAAGAGAUACAGAGGGUAGGAUCAAGGUCUGGCAUGAGUUUUCCCAGUCCUGAGACAACUCAGCUGACCCACCGAGGGAGGGGUCCUUCAGAGGUGGUGGUUCAGGGAGGUUCCUAGCCUCUUUACUAACCCCCCCACCCCCACCCCCGCCCCGCCAAGUCAUAUCCUGAGGUUAUUCAAGUUGAAUGUUGUGCCCUGGCUGGCAUAGCUCAGUGGAUUGAGCGCGGGCUGCAAACCAAAGGGUUGUCAGUUCGAUUCCCAGUCAGGGCACAUGCCUUGGUUGCAGGCCAGGUCCCCAUUGGGGGCCACGUGAG